CCUCUGGUCGCUGGCGAUUGGUUGCGUGAAGCAGAAGUCCCGCCUUCGCGACGUUGAUAUUUAAAGGUACAGAGUGCCAACGCGGACUGAUCAGUUCUCAGAGAGUCUGAAGGGAGGCGUCCAUCAUGAAGCUGCUCACAUCGUUAGCAUCUCUCUGCAUCCUGGCUGCUGUAGCCUUCGCCGUACCUGCUCAGGAGAAACGCAUCCAUCACCAUGCCGACCUGAGUGACCACGCCCAUGAUGACCCCCACGGCUUCCAGUACGACCACGAGGCGUUCCUUGGGAAGGAGGAGGCCAAAACCUUCGACCAAUUGACCCCCGAGGAGAGCAAGGAGAAGCUGGCGAAGAUCGUGGAUCGUAUCGACAUGGACAAAGACGGCUUUGUGAGUCACGGCGAGCUGCACUACUGGAUCAAACACCGGCAGAGGAGGUACAUCGAGGAAAACGUGAACAAACACUGGAACGACUACGACAAGAACCAGGACGGAAAGAUCGCCUGGGAGGAGUACAAGAACACCACCUACGGAUACUACAUCGAUGACGAGUUCCAUGACAUUGAAGACAAAGCCGCGUAUAAGUCCAUGCUGACCCGGGACGAGAGACGAUUCAAGAUGGCCGACAGAGACAGAGACGGCAUCGCCACACGAGAGGAGUUCACCGCCUUCCUCCACCCGGAGGAGUUUGACUACAUGAGAGACGUGGUGGUGCAGGAAACGGUCGAUGACAUCGAUAAGAACGGAGACGGAAAAAUCAACUUAGAUGAAUACAUUGGUGACAUGUUCUCACCUGAGAGCGGGGAGGCGGAGCCUGAGUGGGUCCACACGGAGAGGAAACAGUUCUCUGACUUAAGAGACUCAAAUAAAGACGGUUACAUGGACGCUGACGAGGUGGCUCAGUGGAUCCUACCUGGAGAGGUGGACCACGCCGACAACGAGGCCAAACACCUUAUCCAUGAGACGGACACUAACAAGGACCAGAAGAUAACAAAGAAGGAGAUUCUGGAGAACUGGAACAUGUUUGUGGGCAGCCAGGCCACCAACUACGGAGAAGAUUUAACCAAGAGACACGACGAGCUCUGAUCCACAUCGCCUGCUUUAUAUAACCGGGGGGGGGGGGGGGGGAGAGAGAAGCAACAAAACACACAACACUGUACGCAACGCUGCAUCCUGACGUGAGGCUCCGCCCCUGCAGGAAACAGCAUGUUUUUAGAGAGUCCUGGAUCUGUGAUCCUCUGCAUGAUGAUCUGAUCUCACAUACCGUGUAUGUGCUUACAGCUGAUACUGGUCAUGUGACACACACACACACACACACACACACACACACACACACACACACACACACACACACACACUCCGCGCUGUGUCGUUUACAUUUUGAUACUAGGGUUUUGGGGUACAUUGUGAUCCAGACUGACGGUGCAUUGACCUGCAGCUGAAUCCAAAUGUAGAUUUGAUAAUAAAACGCCAUCAGGAAACAGGAAGUGAGCUGUUUAAAUAAAGGUUUGUUGUCCACCA